AUGCUGAGGGAGGGGAGUCUCACUGCGUCUCCUCAAGGACUGUCGGGUCCAUCGCCAGUGUUAUUGUCAGCAUCGCGACAGCUGUUGUUGCAUUAUUCUCCGAAUGAAAUGGAUUCACCAGCGAAGAAGUUGGAGACAGCCAGCAGUCUUCACUCCAGCAUCACAGAAUUCAUGCGCAGCCCCAUGCUUGUUAUUCAAAAUCCUGACUUUAUGAAAACGACAGAAAAGUCUCCAACUACACACGAUGAUGAAAGUUUAUUACACGACGUGGAGGAACUGCGCCGCCUUGUUGGCACGACGCAGGAGGAGGUUUGUGCGCUGCGCCGCGCGGUGGCAAAGCUAGAGGCUGAGAUACACAACAAUAAGAAGGAAUUGUUAAUGCGGCUUUAUUCCGACUUGUCGACGCCACCACCAACUGGAUUGGAAGAUAAAAAUGCUGGUGGCGCGGGUGUGGAAGUAGACCAGCUGCUCACAUCUUUGCGAAACCAAUUUCUCAGUCAAGUACGGGAGUUGGAGGAGCAGGCAACGCUGUGCAGAUUAAAUAACACCGCAAAGGAGGAGGCACUUCGCUCUCUUUACGCCAGUAUUCUCGCCGAAGAAGAGAAUAAUGAGGCGCGUAAAACGGAAAUUCAGGCAGGGGAGUCGGUGUGUCAUACGUUGCGACUGAAGCUGCAGGAGGCUCAGCGGCGUGUGUGGGAUUACCGACGGCGUGAGGCGUUUGUUUCUGCCGCCGAGAAGAAGUAUUUGGAGCAAAUAGAGAAAAUUCAUACUUUGCGAGAGGAGGUGCGGGCGUGCGGGUUGCAACUUCCGGUGUUUGGGGCAGGAGGUGAUAAGACGGGAUCUGUUAUUCCGACAUGUAAUCGAUUUUGUUGGGAGCGGCGCUGCGUUGGGCGACAAAAUGCAGUUAAGCCACCACUGUUGUUGGAAGCGGGCGGUGUUUCUUCCGACAGGACGGGAAGGGAUUGGAGUGAAGGAAGAGAGGAGGGCGACCCGAACGCCAUUGUGUCACGUGUUUUUGCCUUUCCUCCAGGCGUCUUGUACGCGUUGCAAGUUGCCAUGUCGGGCGACACAGGAGACCGCUCUACAGAGAAGAAGGUCGCUGAGGAUAAUGAGUACAUGAGUCAUCGAGAAAUGAGCCUUACGGGGGGCGGAGGUCGUGGGUUGCGGCACCGUGCGCGGGCACUUGGCCUUAGCUUGGAGUACCAGCAGCACCUGGAGGUCAAUCCAUAUCUUCCUCAUUCCCCAGAGGAACAAAGAGGAACUGAAAGGGAAAAGGGAUCCAGCGCUACGAGGGAUGGGGUGAAGGUGAUCAUUCGUGGACGGCGGUGGGCUGUCCACCAGUUUCAGAAGGAGCUUGAAGCUGCCAUGGCGACGUUGGAAUUGUCUGAUGGAACAAAGGUGUAUUUUUUUGACUCCACAUCACCAGACGGGGUGUAG